GAUGAUCUGAUUACCGGUAUAAUUUAUGAAUAUGUGGCCGAGCUACAGGUUGUCUAGGCUACGUAUUUCCGGUUAUUUUCGGCGGAGACAAGCGACAGCCGGAAAUACGUCUGCGUUCGUAGGCUACAGGUUGCCUCGCAAACAGCAGUUGCAACUUGGUAAUUAAUUUGCCUUUCAGACCACACGUCUACACUUUAUGUACAGAAAUAGCUUUUAUCAUUGCCCCGCGGAUGCCAUUCAUGAAUGAACCGUUUGUUUCUCCAUCUGCAAUUUGCGAAAACCAGGUAAAAUAACCAUGGGGAGUAUUUGACCGUAAGGCACUGGAGUGCGUGACACGUGUUAUGUGUGAAAUUGACUUGAUUAAUUAUUGUGCGAAUGGUUGAGCGCAACCUAUUUUAGUAUCAAAGUCCUUUUUAGCUUUAUUUACAUACGUUCCUUUUUCAGUUAGCCAAACUAACUGAAAACGAUGGCGUCCUCGCUGAUUGGAGCUUCCAAAAGUGGCAUUGAUGUGCUAGGUCUUCAAAGUUUUGAGUUUGUAGAAGCAUCCUCUGUUUUGAAGGUAGUCUUGAUCCUGUUUGUUAUACCCUUACUGAUGUACACUUGUCGACAGAAAUUCACCAAGCAUUGCUACGGGAUAAAAAGUUCACCCAACUCCAGGACUGAAGAACAUGAAGAUUCAAGAACGAAAGACGAUAGCAUCCCGGAGAAGUCAAGUGACAGUUUAAGCGAAAAUAAGGUCAAAAAACGACGAGUACGGAAAAAGAAGCCUCGCAAACAAGAUUCAGAUUAUGGUGAAGAAUCAAAAGACGCGAGUGAAGCGAGAGAAAACACUGAUACGAAAGGUGUCAGUGAAGAAGUUAAGGUAACCAAGAGACGCAACAAAAGUGCCGGUAGUAGAGGUCAUGGUUUAGAUAACGGCUCUUCUGGACAUGCCAGUGACAGUGAAAAUCCAGAGAUACCUGGCCAAUUUGAGCAGAAAAAGUACGGUAACAGACGCAACAAAGGUCUUCGAAGCAGUUGUCCUGAUAAAGGAAGCGCUCCUUCGCGACGCGUUAACGACGUUGAAGUUCCUGCCGCGGCUGACUCUGUUGAGAAUGUUAAGUACUAUGCUAAGAGACGUAACAAUGUCGUCCGGAAUUUUGCUCGUGUAGACUCGGAAAACAACCAUUCAAGACGGAUUCUUAAUAGCAUUGACACUCCCGAACUGCACAGUACAGCUGGACAAGUUAAAAAUGCUAAGACACAUGAAGAGGUUGUUCCUUCAAUGGGUGGCAAUGUCAGGGUUGAACAUCCCGAAUCUUCCAGUACAGUUAAGGAAGUCAUGUCAUGUCAUCUCGGUAACAAUUCCCACCCCAGUGAGGGAGUUAGAAUACUAAAGAGGCCCAACAAAAUUGUUUCUUCAAGCUGCGCGAACGAAGUUGGUGAGAAUCCUGAUUCAUCUUCAUGUAGUCUAAGAGAAGGACUUAAAGAUCGAAAGAGACUUGAAAAAGUUGUUGAUUCAAGGAACGUUAAUGACAUUGGUGAAGAUUCCGGCAAAAUCAAAGAAGUCAAACAUGUUAAGAUUUUGAAACGUGGUCCGUGUUCAAGCCCUGUGCACUGGGAUGACGUAACACCGUGCUAUCGAAACAGACCGAGUCAUGCUCAUAACCGGGAUGAUAACUGUCCUAGUGAUGUAACGCAGGCUGGUGUAACGCAAGGGUGUAACCCAGCGGUAAGUGUAAUGCAGAGGCGUAGAUCUUUCUCCAACGAGGUAACGAAGGAUGCUACUGGAAUAGAAUGUAAGGGGAAUGCCAGCCGAGUUGAAGCAACCGAAGAAUAUGUAAAGAACAGAAGUCCUAGUAAUUUUCCCGAGGAUGUCUCCGUGAGAGGAUGGGAGAAAUUAACCCGCAGGUCAGGUGCAAUCGGGAACAAACCGAUGAAGGAUAAUCAUAGGCGUAGUUACACUACUCCCAGACGAAGAUAUUUCAACCACAUAUUUAAAAAGGAUCUCGAAGGGAGAGACCUUCUGGAAAACCAGCGACCUUGCCCGACUGAUAACCGAACCAAAUCCGAUGAGCCGGAAAAUCCCGAACGUGAACCCGAAGAGGAGGAAGCAGCCACGAAUUCAGCAGAACUGCCCUCCUCAGUAGAUCGCAUAAGAACGAUGGAUGACGGGAAUACCAAUGUACCUUGUGAGCGGGUCCCCGACACUGGAAUGCUGAAAACGCAGGAAAACAUUUCCGCGGAAACUGCUAAAGACGUGGAGUCACGUAGACAAACUGUCGAGUUUAGUCCCGCGCCAGUUCAAGAAAUACAGACUACUUCAGACGGUCACGUUGUGAUAGACCCGGCGGUACGCGAGAGAAUCGCCAAUCCCAAGUGCCCCGUUAGAAUGCCGGAGAGACCGUUCGAAAGCUUACGUUUCCACGAUUUCACCAGGCGAGAGAACUGCGGCAAACGUAGGAACAAAUCUCGUGUGAACGGUCUCUUCGGCCGUGAAUGGAGAGAAAAGAUUGAGAAGGAACAGCAGCGGGAAUUCGCCGAGGAAGACAAAGAAAGCGAGGAGAGUUUUUUGGAUAUACGGGACAACAUCUGCCCUACCUUUAUGAUCUGGGGUGUCUGCCACCGCGGGGAUCGUUGCCAGCUUCGGCACCCGUCGUAUAGGUAUCUCGAGCGUCCGAAGAAGGCAUCAUCCAGUCCCCAACCUGUGGACGAAGAACCGAAACCGCGGAAUCCAAAUUCUUACGCGGCCAUCCUAGAGAAAACCAAAUUUCCAGAAACCGAGGAAUUUGUCAACGACUGUUUACGUAAGAACUGUUUGACUGAGGAGACUUUGGAGGAAGCUUGGCCGGCUCUUGGGUGCCCUGAGCAAGGGCGGAUCACUAAGGCGCCAAAAGCAGGGGGACCAAAGCGCGAUACUCCAAACGCACCUCAGGUCUGGACGACCAAGAGCACCACACAGAAAGGACCCUGGAUCUUGGAGGAGAAACCCAAAGCUACCGUGGAGCAACUGCAGAUCGCGAGUGAUAAACUGAUCGCUGACAGCUUACAAGCCGACGAAUACGCAACGCUGGAGAUGUAUGAUGAGACUAACGACGACUAUUAUAGUCACCACAGUCCAGAACAGGAAGUGAACGAGGACGAAUUCCUUGAAAACGUUGAACAAACCAACGACGGUUCGUUCGACGCGCAACAUGAAGGCAAGGUUGUCAAUGAGGAACAGUUCAAUUAUUCCAGUUCCAGCCCUGUUAUCCUGGAGAAGAAUUCAGGGAGCAUGGACGACCCCGACCCACCCAAACUUUCCAACAAGUGUGAUAUCUGUAUGGAUCGUCCAAAGGACGCCACCCUUGUGUGCGGUCACAGAUACUGUUACCAGUGCGCCCUUCAGAUGAGGCUUGAUGAACGCGUUUGCGCCAUUUGCAGAAGAUGUAUCGUCUCUGUUAUCAAGACGUACAACUGAACGCGUUCAUGAGCGUGUUAAAGGACUGAGCAGACACUCAUACUUGUCACAUGUACGAGGAACUUCACCAGAGACUUGUUAAACACCAAAAACGCUUAUCUUUUGAGUUGAGAAUGACAUCUGAAAUUGUCCUCAGCAAGAGCUUCCUAACUUGUGUUUUGAGUUUAUAUGCAAAGUGCCAUAAACUGCGCACGACGACCAUCUUUUUGUUAGUGGAAGCAUUUUAGAUAUUUCCCGCCAUUUUGGAUUCCCGUCAUUUUAGAUGGCGCCGUGAAAGUUUAGCGCCAGUUAAGAUUUCGCGUUAUAGUCCGCGCAUGCGUGUCACUUUACACUUCUUUACACGGGUUGUUCAUUAAGGGUCAUAAUUUGUUUUGUACUCAAUGGUUGUCACACAUUUACCAAGUUUGUCUGUAGAGAGAAAAUUGAAAGUGACUUGCAAGUAAUGCUCUAUAACUAAGGUUCAGUUUUUGUAUACAUGUAAAACAUAGUAACUACUCGCAUUUUAUUCGAGAGGAAAGCUCUUUGAAUAUAUUUUUGAAGACUAACAAGUUCCAGAUAUAGAGCAGAGCUAUUUGAAUUUAUUUUUUAAUACCGAUACAACCUUCAAAUUGGUCACUUUUCACAUUCCCGGAAGAAAAUAUUCUUAACAGAAACGACAUUUUAACCAGAUGUAAUUCAUGACAAUUUUGUACUUUAAAAGAACAAAAAAAUGUUUUUGUAUGUAUUGGAGGAUUGCAAGGUUAAAAUUUAUACUGUAAGUGAAUAACUUUUUACCAGAAUUAAUUUCUGCCAAUAUUGUACCUUAAAGGAUACAAAUUUGUUUUUGUCUAUUGGAGGAUUGCAAGGUGAAAAUUUUAUGUUACAAGUGUNCCAU